AUGGCCAAUGUUAAUGAUUUUUCGCGGGCGUGUGAUGCAUUGUUGAAAUUCGAAGCGGGCUUCAACAACAUGCCGUGUAGCAGCCAUUCCAUUUUUUCACUGGAGAUCCAAAAGGAGGAACUGAAGGCGCUCUGGGUCAAGGUGAAGGAUGCGUUCGAUGACUAUUCGAAAAAGGUGUCGGACGACGAAACCGGUCAGGCUGCACUUCGGCUGGCGAAGUGCAGAUAUCAGGAUUGCUACUCAGCAUACUUGACGUGCGGCGCAUUGAUGGGAGAGACGGCUCAUAACCUGACGUUCACGCAGCAAAGUAGUUCGACAGUUAAUCCGGUAAAUCGCGAGAUUGAACCCCCAGCCCGCUCGAGUAUCCAUUUACCUCCAUGUGACACAGAAAUUUUUUACGGUGAUUACAUGUCGUGGCCGUCUUUCCGCGAUUUGUUUACGGCAAUUUAUAUUAACAAUUCGCGUUUGACCCCGGUAGAGAAAUUGUACCACUUGAAUCGAAAGACCCGUGGUGAAGCGAAAGAUAUCGUAAAAAAAUCGCCUUUGACUAACGACGGUUUCGCGACUGCUUGGCAAAAUUUAUCCGACCGCUAUGAAAAUAAGAGGAUAAUGGUUAAUAGCCAAUUAAAAACGCUCUUUAACCUACCAUCGGUAACGAGUGAACGCGGGACGGAAAUUAAAAAUUUACAGCGGGCAGUUAAUAAUUGUAUAUCCGUUUUAGAAAUGUACGGGAUUGAUAUUGAGAACUGGGAUGCGAUCUUUGUGUUCUUAGUAUCGAGUCGGUUACCGGAUACCACGCUGGCGUUGUGGGAACAAGGCAUUGUGAGAAAGGCGGAAAUUCCAAAGUGGGAGGAAUUAGACAGCUUUCUCACAAGUCGGUUCCAGACGUUAGAAACGGUGUCCGAUAUCCGAAGUGCACGCGCAGUAAAGCCUGUACCUAAUCGCCAACCCGCAGCGACGUACGAAAGGAAGGUAUCGGCACACCACGGUCAGUUUUCGCAGCCCGCAUGCAGAUUAUGCCCCGAGCAAUCUCAUGCUCUAAAGGGCUGCCCCAAAUUUCUGGCAAUGAAAGUUGAGGAUCGCCUCAACUUAGUCAGAAAACACAAUUUGUGUAUGAACUGCCUAGCGCAUUCACACAUCGCGAAGGAUUGCAAGAGUCCGUUUGAUUGUUGGAGCUGUCACCAGAGGCAUCAUUCACUAUUACAUCGAACUUUAGCUCCACAGAAGGCCAACUCUUCGCAACAGCGACCCCCCCCGAGGAAUAAGGACUCACGAUCUGAGCAACCCCCCGCAGGCACCAGCAAUGUGCAGGCGCUUUUUGCGGCGAGCAACCGGAACAUUCUUUUAGGUACUGCUAUGGUGAACAUCUGCCACUCAGGAGUUAACUAUGAGGCCAGAGCCCUACUGGAUUCUGGAUCAGAGGGAACUUUCAUCACGGAGCGACUACAGAGACUCAUCAGGCUGCCAACGCGUGCGGUUGAUACGCAGGUAUCGGGCAUAAAUGCCACGGUAUCGGCAAAUGUGCGAAAAGUCGCGCAUCUGGCUAUAGGUUCUCCUAUAAACCCCCAGUUUAGAAUCGAGGCAAGAGGUCUGGUUCUACCCCAAUUAACAGGAAACCUCCCGAAGUUUACAGUGGAUCAAGGGCAUCUUGAUUCACUGCCCCCCUUACGGCUAGCCGAUGUCAAUUUUUACAGGAGUCAGCAAGUGGACCUAAUUCUUGGAGCGGAUGUUUACCCAGCAGUCAUAAGGGACAAGGUCCAAAGGAAUGUUCUGGGGUCACUCGUAGCGCAGGAAACGGUGUUCGGCUGGAUUUUGACGGGACCAAUACCACCAACGACCACGAGGAGUUUCACUACUUCUGUGUCUUACGGCGCAGAAACUCCAACCCCCCAGCUAACUCGGGUUUGGGAGUUAGAAGAAGUUUCCACCAAAAGGAAAAUUACCCCCGAAGAUGCGUUUUGUGAGGAGUUGUACGCUAAGACGACCACGAGGAAUGAGCAAGGACGGUAUGUGGUGGCUCUACCUUUUCGUCGGGAAUUCCCAGACGAAAUUAACCUCGGCCUUUCAAGGACUGGAGCAGCACGGCAAUUCUUGCGCAGCGAGGCCGGUUAUAUCAGGAAACCGGAGUUAAAAACGGAAUACGACCGGGUUCUGAAGGAGUACAUCGAGCUCAACCAUAUGUGCCCCGUGAGGAAAACAGCGCAACAACCAGCACACAGGCCAUACUACUUACCACAUCACGCCGUCGUGAAACCGGACAGCAUAACAACGAAGGUGCGAGUGGUGUUUAACGCAUCUUGUCCCACGUCAAAUGGAGUCAGCUUAAAUGACAUAUUACCGGGGUAUAAUAUGUCAUUUAUGCCUAUUCUGCAAGCGGAUUUGGUUUGCUUACUUUUAAAGUGGCGCUUAUUCAAAUACGUAUUUAAUGCAGACAUCGAGAAGAUGUAUAGGCAAAUUAUGCUCCAUCAGGAGCAUACCCCAUUUCAAAGAAUUCUUUUCAGAGAAUCCCCGGACGAAGAAAUUAAGGAUUACGAACUUAAGACCGUGACGUUUGGAGUAAACUGCGCUCCAUAUUUGGCAAUAAGGACGCUACACCAGCUCGCAGAUGAUGUGAAAACGAGAUUUCCACUGGCAGCAAAGAUUUUGAAGCAGUAUAUGUAUGUCGAUGACGUCCUAGCUGGAGCCCACGAUUGCACAACUGCAAUACAAAUGAGAGAUGAGGUAAUUGAAGCUCUUAACACCGCCAGCUUCCCACUAAGAAAGUGGACUUCGAAUUGUAAGAAGAUUUUGGCAGGACUACCCAAGGCGCACAUAUACAAGGAGAAUUUCCUGGAGCUUGACGACAUGAGUGAGACAAAAAUGUUGGGAAUCCGUUGGAACGCGGUACAUGACAUGUUUCACUUCACAGUACAGCCGAUCCCCCGGAAGCAGGAGUAUACCAAGCGAGAGGUUUUAUCCUGCGUAGCAAAAUUGUUCGAUCCAGCUGGAUGGCUCGGACCAAUUGUAGUGGUGGCAAAGAUCUUCAUGCAGGAGAUCUGGCUAACCAAAAUAGACUGGGAUGACAGUCUACCCCGAAAUUUACUGCUACGUUGGGAGACCUUUCUGGAUAACUAUGAGCAUAUCCAGAAGAUAAAAAUCCCCCGAUGGACCCAUUUUACGCCAUGGGACGAAGUGGAGUUCCAUGGAUUCUGCGAUGCCUCUGAAAAGGCAUAUGCAGCCGCACUAUAUAUUAGGGUACGCGAUCGCGCAUCAAACAAUGCGCCCCACAUAAACUUGUUGUUUGAAGUCACGCAGCCAGUAAUAUACAAAUGGACCGACUCCACGAUCGUACUCUCGUGGCUUAGGAAACCGGCAUGUACAUGGACAACGUUUGUAGCUAACAGAGUCGCAAAAAUUGAUGAGCUGGUUGGAGUGUCAGGGUGGAACCAUGUGGACUCUGCUGAUAAUCCAGCGGAUCUUGGCAGCCGAGGCGUGUCCCCCCAGGAUUUACUCGCAAGCACUCUGUGGUGGUAUGGACCUAAGUGGCUGGAGCAAGAUUCAUCUACUUGGCCCCACCAAGCCAAUAGAAAUCCAUUAGAAACCGACCUGGAGCAAAAAACGGUACGGGCUCAUGCGGCAGGCAUCUCCGAGGAAAUGGACAUUCUGGAGCGAUUUUCAGACUUCUCGCGAGCCAUGAGAGUAAUUGCGCGAGUUUUCCGAUUUUUUAGAAAAACUCAUCCGGUGCAUAAGUUGGCCGCUAGUGACGAGACAGACGAAAUAACCUCCGAUGAAGUAAAGCAGAACUCAAUAACGCAAAAUGGUACGUGCAACCAAGAGCAACACCCAAGCUAA